GAUGAACCUUCGGAAAGUAAAGAUCAUUACCGAACAAUUUUAAAGGAUAUUGGGCCAAAAGUUCAUUCAAGAAGUAAUUAUUUGGAGGAAUUUAUUAAUACUUUACCGCCUCCUACAUCAUUUAAUAAAUGGCAUAGAAAAUUAGAAAAUUUGCUAGAAACGCAUCCAAAUUCACUUUUAGGUGAAGUUGGACUAGACAAGACAUUUCGAUUACGUGACCAAGAAUCAAAACGUCUUAGCCAAGCCCAAACUACAUUACAACAUCAAAUAGCAAUUUUCGAAAAACAAUUGGAUUUGGCAGCCAAAUACAACCGUGCUGUUAGUAUGCAUUGCGUUCAAUCUACGGGAGCAAUAACUCAACUGCUAAAUAAAAGAAUCAAUGAACAACAACCACUUCCACCUCGUUUAUGUAUACACUCAUUUGGAGGUUCCGUUGAUACAAUUAAAGCUUUGGUUAAACAAACAAAGGGAACUUCAUUAGAACUUUAUUUCUCUUUUAGUAUCGUUAUUAAUGAUAGAAAUAGUAGGUUACCUGAUUUAAUUAAAGCAGUCCCAGAGGACAAAUUGUUAAUUGAAACGGAUUAUCAUUCUCCUAAAGGAUUAGAUUAUUACAUGUUAAUGAUCAUUAAAUUGGUGAGCGAAGUUAAAGAAUGGACUGAAACAACGACUGUCGAAAAAACGCGUGAAAAUUUCAUCAAAUUCAUUGGAAAUUGA